GCCAACUCCUUCCGGCCGCGCCCUCGACAUACGGAAAGCAGAGCACCCUCAGCCGGCGAGAAGGGAGCGAUGGCCAAAUGCGGCAAGAUCCAUAGCAUCGUCCGCCUCCAGCAGACGCUAAGGCGGUGGCGGUCCCGUGCCGCAGCGGCGCCAACGGCGGCGCCGGCGCCGGUGCCGUCGGGGCACGUCGCGGUGUGCGUGGGCGGCGCGUCGCGGCGGUUCUUGGUGCGCGCGGCGCACCUCAACCACCCCGUGUUCCGGGAGCUGCUCCUGCAGUCGGAGGAGGAGUACGGCUUCCCGUCCACCCCCGGCCCCGUCGCGCUCCCCUGCUGCGACGAGGACCGCUUCCUCGACGUCCUCCGCUGCGUGUCCUCCGAGGACCGCCUCCUCCGCCGCAGCCGCUCGGUCUGCUGCCGCAUGCCGGUCGUCACCAGCCGCGAAGUCGCGGCGCGGCCGCUGCUGCAGGGGAUGGCGGUGGAGAAGCUCGUGUGGUGAUCGCUCGAUCGAAGCCGCGUGCGUAGGCCAUUCAGUACGCUGUGUUCCCAUGCAUCGAAGCUACCCGCGGUGCUUUGGUUCCGGCGACGACGGCAGCUGUUUUGUUCCACGCCGAAAAGGUGAAAACAUCUCGCAUGCCUGCCGCAGCCUACAAGACUGACUGGCCGAGCCCGCGCACGCAACAAGCGAUGACAUAUCGGUGCUCCAAAGCCCGGCGUAAUGGCGGUGCCCCACGACCACCGUGAACGGGCGAGGGCGCCGCGCGUGCGGUUGCGUGGCGUCUGCGCCACCGCCUUGCUGGCGGUCCUCGCAACGGAGCGAGCAGCUGCUGCGGAUCCGGCGGCGAACUUGCGGGGCGUUCAGGAGCGGCCUCCGCAGAGGCGGGCGUGCGAGCCGCGCGGAAGAUGUCGCCGCCAAAGACUGCAUGAUCCUUCCGCCAUGCACCACCCCACCCCAUGUGCUUUCGUGGACCCCAUGGGACCCACCUCUAUUUGCUUUUUGAACGAACGAUCCCGGAUCAAAGAAGGCGACAAUUGUUUGGGAUUGUUUUCUCUGUAUAAGUAUUCUACUCGUCUAUGCAACUCCUUGCCCACGCAUACGAGUAAACUAGUCCCUCCGUUCAUUUUUGUAAGACGUUUUAGACAUUUAAGACAUCAUUUUAAACAGUUUAAUUUUAGUUAACUUAAACGCACUUACA